AUGACGAAACUACCCCUGCCCCUUCUCCUUCUCCAGCCUCCUGCCGGCGCCGCCUCCCCCCUCCGCUCCCUCCUGCCACCGGCGCGCCGCCUCACGGCGAUGUCAGCGGCUACGUUGACGGCGCCGUCGAGCGGAGAGUAUCCUUCCCCGGUGUCCCCGCCCUACCCGGCCGCCUCCAAGGACGUGGAGCUCCGGCGCGCCAUGACCGCCUCCGCGCGCUCCGCGGCCUUCGCUUCUGCGGACGUCGUGUUCGAGGGCGAGUGGCUCGCCGUCGUCGACAAGCCCGCCGGCGUGUACUGCGACGCCCUCCUCGCCUCCUUUCCUUGCUCUGCCGUCUCAGAGGAUCCAGCAACUAAACCUAACCUUCACCUUGCGAACAGGCUGGAUCGUGAUACCAGUGGGCUCAUGGUUAUUACCAAAUGCAACAAAGUUGCUGGGAAGCUAGUGAAGACAUUCACUGAUCAUAAAGUCAAGAAAACAUAUCUAGCUCUUUGCAUAGGUGGUUCUGUUGUAAGGGACAUGAGCACACAGUUUGAAGUUUUAGGGGUCAAUUGUAAAGGGCAGUUUAGAGAACCCUACAACUUUGACGCCAAUGAUAUUGAGUCAAUUACUGUACAAGAAAAGGCAGCUGACUAG